UCUGCAAAUGUAUGCUGCCUAUCUGCUUGUAAAAUGAUUUUUUGAAUUCACCUUUAAGGGAAAGUGCAAAAUGGGAAUUAUGCGGCGAUUCUAACUCGGCUGACUGGGCCAGUUUUUUCCCCUGUGCAUUUCCAAAGAUAAAGGGGGACCAGCACACAACACGGCACCAGGUAAACAGGCAGUGGGGCCAGCAGAACUUGGCAAACACUGUGAUUUGCUGCAAUUCCUAUCAGUUCUGUUUGCAAGUAGUCUGACUCACCAUGAUUGAGGUGACAGCAACAUUACCACGGGGCUCCGCCUACCUAGCUGGGGAACAGAUAAAGUGUCAUGUGACCUUCAAAAAUUCUCGGCCAAAUAAUGGUGACAGAAAUCGCCUCGAGAACUGUGAUCAGAUAGCUUGGGCCAGUGUACAGAUCCACUGCCAGUGCUCCGUGAGUGAGAGCAGGGUGAAGCUGGUGCGCUCAAACUCUCUGAGCACAGAAGAGGUCUCCACCACUGGGUGUAACACAUCGUUUGUUCCCAACAGAGGUGAAAGAGGACUGACAGUGUUCUCCACAAAGCCAAAGAUUUUGUUCUGUGAUUUACAGUUGUUGCCAGGUGAAAGCAAGACAUAUUUAUAUUGUGAUUCCCUACCCCAGGAUGCCCCGCCCUCUUUCAGGGGUCAAGCUGUCAAGUACUCAUACAAACUCACGAUCGGAACUCAACGCUUGAAUCACCCAACAAGACUAUUACGCAUACCCAUUCGUGUCUUGGUAUUAUAUGGUCUCAAUGAUAUCAGCGUUUACAAUGAACCAGAAGAGGUGGCCCCAACUAACCCCUUCCUGAAGGCACAAAGACAGGAAAACUCACUGCUGGAUGUUGCUUUACAAGUGAUUGCUACUGUGACUGCCAGAAAGUCUCCCAAUACCUAUAAUAUUACAAAUGCUCGUGGGAAAGUGGGAAAAUUCUGCCUGUUCAAGCUAGCAUACAAGUUGGGUGAGGACAUCGUAGGAGUGUUUGACUUCACAGGAUCAACAAUUCCGUGUGUGCAGUUUUCUGUGACAUUACAAAGUGAGGAGCAGAUUGCGGAGGAAUGCCGUAUUAAAUCUAAAGACAGCAUUCUGGUGAUGCCCUACAGCAAACAGCAAGAGAUGUGUCUCCACCUGAGUAAGACCCACAUAUGUGUGCCCAUCCCUAUGGUGGUCACCCCUGGCUUCAUCACUGAUACAGUAUGUUUGCGCUGGAGACUCCACUUUGAGUUUGUGACAGCACUUAAUCCCGUGCCUGGCCCUCCAUUGCCCACUUCACCUGAGGAGAGCACCUCCUGGAUGGGUGCACCCGUACUUGACGUAGAGACCAUGGUCUGGGAUCUGCCCAUCAAAAUUUUCCCAUCCAAUCCAAUCCAUGCUUCAGGGGCACUUGUCUUGAGAACAACAAAUAGCAUUUCUGUUUGAGUGGCAGUAGUUCUCACUUAAAAUUUUAACUCCAUCCUUCAUUGGCAAUUGAGAAUAUUAAACAAAUAGUGCUGCUAGUUUUCAGCCAGAAUUUUAUGGGACGCUGAAGCUCUGUUAAUUGAAUCGAGCUCAUGCUUCAAGGGCACAUACCUUCAAAACAUUGUCCUACAUAUAUAGCUGUGCUUUAGAAGAUUGGUGCUAGUUCAUUGAUUCACAAAAUUUUGUAAAUAAAUUUUUCGUAAGUUUGAGCCUGUUACGGUGUUAUAAUUGAGACGUCAUUUCCCUAAAAGUAGUGACAAAAUGGAAUUAUGAAGAUUUGUUAAAGUGCCCCCUAAAUUUUCCGUCAAACUUUCUAACGCAACAUAUGCUGAAUAUUAACUUAUGAAAAUGUUGCAUCUAUCUACCUUUUAUGACAGAAUGGCUAGGGGUAAUGACCAUUACAACAUUAUCAGCUAGUCUUACAUUGACAGGAGCUAUGUCAUUAGGAGUAUAUUGAUUGAAUGGGAUACACACUAGUCACAGAUCACACCUCAAAGCAAAUCAUAAUUUUUAGUCUUACUGUUUUCAUUUAAAUAUGUACAAUAUAUUUAUUUUAACAAUAAAACUUCAGUAGUGAGCAAAACUACUAGGGACAACAUUAUGUAAUGCACGUAUGACAUGCUGUAAUGUGCAGCUAGGUGCUAUUAAGCUUUAUCUGUUUGGGCAGAUGUGUUAAGCAUGGGUUUCAGCGAGUAAUAAGCGUUCUUCAAAAUUCCAAGGAUUCAACUCUUCCGAUUAAAUUUUGAUUUCAGCAUUUUAACUUCAUUAUAUUAUUUUUUUUCUUUAUCACUAAUUUUAAUUUGAUUAACCCAUUUUGUUUCCCAUAUAUUUUUGUUUAGGUUAUGUACAUUGAAGGUAAUAUUACAAGUUUUGGGCAAAUGAGAAUUAAUGUCCAUGAGAGUUAAAACUUUAAACUAUAUGGUUGGGUAUUUUCAUCUCAGCUCUUUUGAUAUAGCAACCUUUAAUGUCUCCUUAGUUCACUAUUGGUAUCUCAUCGUUAUUAUUAGUGGUAUGAUUAUGUUGAGUCCUCUAUUUAAGAGGCAUAUUUUUAACAAAUUUGUUUCAUUUUAGCAAAAAGUGUGCACUGAGAAGAUUUUAACACUAUGGAUUCACAAGACGUACAAAUGAUAAGCAUUUAUUGUACAUUAAACAUGUAUACAUGUAUGUUAUAUUGUUAUUCAGUUCAUGUCGUCUUGUUCAUGGUGUAUAUUUUAAUAAUUAUUACAUAAGAACAUGUUUAAGCCAUUAAAUAUAUUCUUUUCUAUUUA